CCCGAGGCGCGGCGGGUCAAGUUGCUGUGGCGGGCAGGGGCUGCGGAAAACAAGAGGCGGUAAGUGCGCCGCCGGGCAGGCAGGCAGGCAGGCAGUCCGCAGGAACCGCGCACGGAGCACGGCCCGCACGCAACGCCGACGCUAAAGCCCUUCAGCCAGGACCCGCCGCCGAGCUCGCCAUGGGCAAGGGCGACCCGAAGAAGCCCAAGGGCAAGAUGUCUGCCUAUGCCUUCUUUGUGCAGACGUGCCGUGAGGAGCACAAGAAGAAGCACCCAGACGCUUCCGUCAACUUCGCCGAGUUCUCGCGGAAGUGCUCGGAGCGGUGGAAGACCAUGUCCAGCAAGGAGAAAGGGAAGUUCGAGGAGAUGGCCAAGGGAGACAAAGCUCGCUACGACAGGGAGAUGAAGAACUACGUUCCUCCCAAAGGAGAGAAGAAGGGGAAGAAGAAGGACCCCAACGCUCCUAAAAGACCACCAUCCGCGUUCUUCCUUUUCUGCUCUGAACACCGUCCAAAAAUCAAAAACGAUCAUCCCGGUUUGUCUAUUGGAGACACGGCAAAGAAGUUGGGUGAAAUGUGGUCUGAACAGUCGGCCAAAGACAAGCAGCCCUAUGAACAGAAGGCUGCAAAGCUAAAGGAGAAAUAUGAAAAGGAUAUUGCAGCGUACCGUGCCAAGAGCAAGAGUGAUGCAGGAAAAAAGGGCCCGGGUAGGCCUGCAGGAUCUAAGAAGAAAGCAGAACCAGAAGAGGAAGAGGAGGAGGAAGAAGAAGAAGAAGAGGAGGAGGAAGAAGAGGACGAGGAGUAAAUGAACGCCCUGCUGUAAAGAUUUAUGCUCCAAAACCCAAUAUUUUGCUAAGAAUGUGAACUCAAGUGCAGCUCAUUGUUAGCUUCAGUAUAAAAAUCUGUACAGAUUGUGUAUAGGUAACGUGGUUCUUUGUAGGGAGACCUCUAUUUCUAAAGUAAGUAGUAGCUGAGCGCUGCUACAGUUCAGUUUUAAAAGAGAAAGUUGUGGAAUGUUUCUGCAUAUUUAAUGGUUUUGUUGAGAUUCAGUGAAUGAUAGCCAGGUGUUUCUUUUUUUUAGCUAAGUAAAAUAAAGGAGGUGUAGCUUAAUAGCUGAACUUAUAUUUUGUAGCAUAUUCAUUGUAUUACUUUUUUAAACAAUUUUGUAAUAAAAUGUUGUACAUGA